UUUGAGAGCCGCUCUGGAUGGGCUCGAAAGAGUCGUGGUUGUGGAAGCGGUGCAUUUACAGUGCAACAGUCAGCACAUUGAAAAUACCAAUAGGAAUACAAAACAAAGUCACAUUUACUGAUUUAAUUGUAUUGCAUUCAAUUGUGUCCAGGAAACAGCCUCCAGCCAUGGACCCGCACGGCGGCUGCCGGUGCGGCGCGCGGCCGCCCGCCCAGGAGCCCAGCCCGCCGGCGUGCUGACCGGCCCCGCCGCCGCCACCGCCGGUGACCUCGGACGCCGCCGCCUCCUCCGGCCGCCCGCGGCCCGCACCGAGCCGCCCCCCGGGCCCCGGCCGCGCUGCUCCCGGGAGGCGGCGGCGGCGGGCCGGGGCCGGGGCCGGGGCCCGGCAUGGAUGGCCGCGACUUCGCGCCGCCGCCGCCGCAUCUGCUGUCGGAGCGCGGGAGCCACCGCAACGCCGCCGCCGCCGCGCGCCUCGCUCCGGCCGGGCCCGCCGCGCAGCCCGCCGCGCACUUCCAGCCCGGGAAGUACUUCCCGUCGCCGCUCCCCAUGGCUUCACACACAGCCAGCGGCCGCCUGAUGGGAAGUUCUCCGGCCUCGUGCUUCAUGGGCAGCUUCCUCGCCGGCGGCCUGGGCUCGGGAGCCUCCGCGCACCCCAGCGGCCCCGCGCCGGCCCCCUCUGAGCCGGCCUACCGCGGCUCCCACCCCACCACCUCCCAGCUCUGGUUCUCCCACUCCCACGAAGCUCCGGGGUACCCCAGGUUUUCGGGGAGUCUGGCGUCCACUUUCCUACCCAUGAGCCACUUGGAUCACCAUGGAAACAGCAAUGUUCUCUACGGGCAGCACCGCUUCUAUGGAACCCAAAAAGAUAACUUCUACCUGCGCAACCUGCCCCCGCAGCCCACGCUCCUGCCCGCCAACCACAGCUUCCCCGGCGUGGCCCGGGCCGCCCCCAGCCACGCCCUGGGCUCCUGCAGCCACGACCGGGGCGAGGUGGGCUCCCUGCGGAAGGGCCCCAAGGACUCCGACCACUUCCUCGCGGGCGCAGAGCUGGGCAGGGAGAAGGCCGGCAAGGUCGCGGCGGCCAAGGAGCAGCUGGCAACGGAGGGCGGCCUCAAGGAGCGGCAGAGGCUGGGGCUGCCCCUGCCGGCCGACGGGUCCUGCAGGGAGGCGGCCGCCGCGCCCCGUGGGGCCUACGAGGGCCGCGCCAAGCACCUGGCCUCCUGCCUCCUCAGUGGCAGGGCACCCGGCGGUGACGUGGGCAAGGCCCCGCUGGCCAGCUGUGCGGGUGGCCUGCUGGGGCAGCCCGGACGCUGCGCCAAGGAGACAGCGUGCCCCCCGGAGCCCGGGCCAGCCUUCGGAGAGAGCCUGGAGCGGCGGCAGGUGCUGCCCCACACAGCGUCCUACCCCGGGUCCACCGGCCCGGCCCCGGCCCUCGGCUCCACCGCCGGCGCCAUCCCGUGCGUGCCGCUGCCCCCGGGCCCCGACGGGCUGUGCCUGCUGCAGGACAGGGGCUCCCGGGAGCCGAAGGCCAGUGGGGCCACCUUCGUGCCUUCCGUGGGGCACCUGGCCGACAAGAGCCGGCCCUUCUCGGCGGCCGAGGCCUGUGCCGUGGCAGGGGAGGGCAAGGACCGGCACCUGGAGGCGGCCCCCGAGCACUCCGCGCCCUACGGCGUCACCUACGCCCAGCUGAAGGCCGAGGGCAAGGGCUUCGAGGCGGGCAAGGGCUUCGAGGCGGCCCUCAACCCCAGGCUGAAGGGCCUGGGGUAUCUCAGCAGCGGGGGCCCCGAGGCCGCCUUCCCCGGGCUCCCCAAAGGUGGGCUGGACAAGGGCGGCUACUUGGAGCUGCCCUCGCAGGACUGUGCCCGGCCGAGCCUCCAGGAGCCGCCGAGCGGGCGGGGCGGCCAGGCGUGCUGUGCCCCCGACAGAGCUGCCGGCAAGGACGGCGCCGCGGGGGCCCCCGGGGCACAGAGAGUGGCCCGCGUCCGGCACCAGCAGCACCCGUUGGCCCCUGAGGGGGAGCCGGGGGGCGGCACUGAGGCAAAGCGCAAGCUCCUCGAGCUGGGGCCUCUGGGCUACGGCGGGCCACCCCUGGCCCCGUGGAGCGUCCCAGCUGGCCAGGGUGCCCCCGGGGCCAUGGGCGACGAGCUCAAGGGUGGUGCCUAUCUGGACCCGUUCGGCGGCAGCCUGCCGCAGGCCACCCUACUGUCCCAGGAGCUGCCCGCCCCGCCGGACGAGGUCUCCGCCAUGAAGAAGCUGCUCAAGUACGGCGGCCCCGCCCUGGUCGCCGGCCAGCGGGCCCCUUUCGUGGGCCUGGACAGCCUCAAGGCCAGCUGCGUCCAGCAGGAAGCCAAGUUCCCAGCCCCCAAAGGCCCGGGCCAGGCGCUGGGCGAGGUGACGAGGCCUGACUGUGCACGGAGCCGCGAGCACGAUGCCCCGCACGGCGAUGGGGAGGUGCGGCAGCCGCCCGUGGGCAUUGCCGUGGCCCUGGCCCGGCAGAAGGACACCGGGAACCGGCACGAGGCGGCCUACGGCGCUGGCUCUGGGCGCCAGGGCCGGGGGGGGCCCUGCCUUUAAAGGUGAGGGGCUGGUAACGGCCCCCGCUCCAUGCACGCACUGGACCCCGAAGCUGAGGAGGACAGGGCCCGCCUUUGUGACGACCAUCUGGGGCUCGCCAGCCGCGAGCUGCUGCUCCAGGACGGCAAGAACCUGGUGGAGUUUGCCCGGAUGCACCCCUCGAGCGGCUGCCCCGGGGACCUGGCGCCCCACCUCGUGAUCACCGGCAGCUCCUCCCUGCAGGGCGGGGACCCGGCCCCCCACCCCCACCCCGCACACCCCCCCUGGCUGCCCCGCACCCGCAGCCCCUCCUUGUGGAUGGGAGGACACUCAUAUGGCCUCGGGCACCCAGCCCUGCACCAGAACCUGCCCCCCGGCUUCCCCGCCUCCGUGCCCAGCUCCAUGCCCUCCGUCUUCCCCCUCCCCCAGGACAGCCCCGCCCAGCUCGUCAUCCUGCCCUCGGAGCCCACUCCCCACGCCGCCCCCCACGCGCUCGCGGACGUCGUGGACCAGGCCUCGCUGUGGCCCCCCAUGUACGGGGGCCGGGGCCCCGCCCCCCACAUGCAGCACCCCGGCCAGCUCCCCGUCUACUCGCGCCCCCAGUUCCUGCGGCACCAGGAGCUCUAUGCUCUGCAGCGGCGGCAGCGGGCGGUGCAGGCCCUGGAGCUGCAGCGCGCGGCCCAGCUCCAGCGCAAGCCCGAGGACCCCCAUCCGGAGCUCCUGGAGCCCAUCCCUGAGAAGGCCCCAAAGUCCACCCUCAAGCCGGGUACCUUAACCGCCAGGGGCACCUGCCCGCCUGCCACCGCCGCGGGCCCCACCAAGCUGGCACCCUGCUGCCACUCGCCCACCCUGAGGCCCCCCGCCAGCUGCCCCACGCCACCACCACGUCCCAGUGCCCCCUGCGCUUCAUCCGUUGGCCCCUGCAGCAGCACACCUGCCCGCAGCCCUGGGCUUGGCCCCAGGGGGCCCAGGGCCGAGGACAAGUGUGGGGGUGGCCAGCGGCCCGGAGACCACCUCAGGGCCAUGGAACCAGACCUGCUUCCCAGAUACACGUGCCCCCCAGCUGGCUCUGUCUUCUCCCACGUCCUGUCCUCCGACGGGCACUCGUCUGACCUCGUGGACCCCCAAACUAUGCAAACCUUGCCCCCAGGGGCACAGCCUGGGCCGAUGAGGCCUUUCCCGCCCGGGGUACCGCCUCCCUGCACCCCCACACGCCUGGAGGCCGGACUGCUCCCGGGGGCCGUGGAGACCGAGGACCUCGCCAUCACCCCGCACCCCUCCAAGCGGGGACCCCCGGGGAAGGCUGCAGAGCCCGGCCCACUCGAGGGGCUUCCAGAACUGCGGUGCAGGGCCCUGCUCGAGGGCGGGAGACCCGAAGCCUCCGGCCAGGCUGAUUCUACUCAGAGAGGGGAGAGCGAGGCAAGGACCCUGGCCGGGGGGGCGGGGCAGGGUGGGCUGGGGCCGUCUGCGGAGGCCUUGCCCCCGGCCCUGGAGCAGCGGGCCCUGAGCCUGGGCACCUUGGACCAGGACGAGGACGAGGCGGGCGAGCGGCAGCCCCCUGAGGAGGCCGAGCAGGAGGGGGCCCUGGGGGUGGAGGCCCAGGGGGCCGGCCGGGAGCACGGUUGCCUGCCCGGGGCACUGCCGGGCCUGGACGCACUUGUGGCUGCCACCAUCAGCCUGGGGGACCUGCCCAGCCUCGGCCCCCCAUCCCCUCUGCUGCCAGCCGCCCCCAGGCCCCCCAGCACCGGCCCCCUGCCCCAGAGCUCAGGGACUCCUGGCAUCGUCCUGCUGAGUGAGCUGGCCGACCUGGAGAUCCAGCGGCAGAGCAGCGAGCACGGGCCCCAAGAGGAGGAGGACGUGCUGGCCUUCAACCUGCGGCACCUCGCCACGCUGGCCACCGCCUGGUCCCUGGUGGAGGCCGCCAGCCUGGAGGGCCCCCCCGCCUCAGCGCCGCCCCCCGCCGCCCCCUGUAGGGGCCCCCCGCUCACCCCCCGCAGGCAGAUCCUGCAGCGCAAGGACACCUGGACACCCAAAGCCAAGCCUGUGUGCCCGCUCAAGGCCGCCAUCGACCGGCUGGACACGCAGGAGGUGGAGGUGCGCGUGCAGCUGGCGGGGCUGCAGCGGCGCUACAAGGAGAAGCAGCGGGAGCUGGCGCGCCUGCAGCGGCGGCACGACCACGAGAGAGACGAGAGCUCACGGAGCCCGGCACGACGUGGGCCCGGCCGGCCCAGGAAACGCAAGCACUGCAGCUCGCUGCCCGCCCCACGGCCCGGGGGCCAGCUGGCGAGGGCCGAGGGCAAGAAAGCCAAGGCUGUGCGGACCACCCUGAGCCUGCUGUGCAACGAGCUGCGCGGGCAUGACGGAGAGCCCCCCAGGAAGCGGAGCAGACUGGAAAAGGGCGUCCACGCAGCGCUGCAGGCCGCCUCUCCCGAGGACAUGCGGGGCAAGAAGAGCGGCCCGCAGAGCGUGCUGGCCUCGGCAGUCCCCGGGGCGGCCCCGCGGAAGCCCAGGGUCCGCGGGGGGCUGCCUGCCGGCCUCAGCGCCUUCCGACGGAAGGAGGCCACCCCGGGCGGGCACCUCCGGAAGACACUGUCCCGAGCCGAGAGCACCAAGGGGGCUGGGGCGGCCCGGCACCCCCAGCCUGACGGCAGUGGUGGCCGGGAGACAUCCCAGUUCCCAGCCCCGGCCGGGGGCGCCCACGGACAGGAGACAGGCAGCAGCUGUGACAGUGAGGACUGCGAGGGUCUGUUGGGGACAGAGGGGCCCCCCCAGGAGCCUGGGCCGGCACAGCACGCUGGAGCCAGCACGGCUGUGCUGGGGCCCUCGCCCUCCUCCGUGGUCAAGAUGGAAGCCCACCAGAAAGCCAAGAAGAAAAAGGAGAGGCAGGGGCUGCUAGGGGCCUGCCGCCGGCCCAGCCCUGAGCGCGAGGUCAAGGUCAAGGUCAAGAGGCGGGCAGUGAAGGCCAAGGCGGGCCGAGAGCUGCAGCAGGCGGCGGGGCGCAGAGCCCCCAGUGCACUGGGCAAGAAGAAAGCCAAGAGCAAGGCCAAAGGCGGCCUGCGGGCGGGGCCGGGGGGCCCCCAGGGGAGGGACGCCCUCUUCAGCCCGGCCCGGGCCUUCAGCUGCCACAAGGAGGGCAGCGAGCUGGCCAGCGAGCGCCUCAAGAGGGCCACGCACAAGAGCAGCGAGCUGCAGCCGGUCCUGCGGAGGAGGAACGGGGCCCUGUCCAUCGCCCUGGCGUCCCGCAGCGCCGAGGACAUCCUGGGCAAGGGCAGGACGCUGGGCAAGGUGAAAAGCAAGGCCGUGGGCAAGCAGGGCAGGGGCCGGGCGGUGAGCCGGCUGCUGGAGAGCUUUGCCGUGGACGACGACUUUGAGUUUGGCGACAACAGCAGCUUCUCAGAGGAGGAUGAGGAGGACGAGGCCAGUGGGCCCCUGAGCGCGGAGCAGAGUGCCGCCCUGGCCCGUGCUUGCACCAUCCACAAGGAGGACCUGCAGGACGGCCUGCCUGUGCUCGUCCCCAAGGAGGACAGCCUGCUGUAUGCCGGCAGCGUCAGGAGCCUGCAGCCCCCUGACAUCUACAGCAUUGUGAUCGAGGGCGACCGGGGCAACCGGCAGAGGGUCUACUCGCUGGAGCAGCUGCUGCAGGAGGCGGUCCUCGACGUGCAGCCCCGGUCCAGCCGCUACCUGCCGCCCGGCACGCGGGUCUGUGCCUACUGGAGCCAGAAGUCGCGCUGCCUGUACCCGGGCAGCGUGGUCCGAGGCACCUCCAGUGACGAGGAGGAUAGCUUGGAGUCUGUCCUGGUGGAGUUUGACGACGGGGACACGGGCCACAUCGCCAUCUCCAACAUCCGGCUGCUGCCUCCCGACUUCAAGAUUCAGUGCACCGAGCCCUCCCCAGCCCUGCUGGUGGCCAGCAGCUGCCGGAGAACCAAGAAAGCAUCCGGCCAGACACCCCCACCCAGCGAGCCUGCUGCCCCCAGCCUGUCCCCCAAGGCGCACGAUGGCCCCGAAGCCUCGAAGAUCUCUGGGAAGAAAUCGACCAGCAGAGACAGAGCUGGCAAAGCCGAUGUUCUCACCUCAGGUUCCAAGUCCCCGGCCAGGGCUGCCGAGCCCUUCCUGGGCCGCCGCGGCAGCCCCCUGCUGAGCUGGUCAGCGGUGGCCCAGACCAAGCGCAAGGCGGGUGCGGUGGGCAGGGCCCCAGGAGCGCUGCAGAGCCUCUUCCAGUUCAACGGCAGCGCCAAGCGCCUGCGGGCCCGUGAGGCCCCCUUCCCGGUGCACAGCGUGGCUGCGCCCGUCUUCGGCAACGGCUUCCGUGCCGACUCCUUCAGCCGCCUGGCCAGCUCCUACGCGCCCUUCGUCGGCGGGGCCGGCCCGGGGCUGCCCGGCGGUGCCCACCGGCUGCUGCGGGCCAAGAAGUCGGAGCGGGCGGAGGCAGAGAAGGGCGGGCGGCGGCGGGCGGGCAGCGAGUUUCUGGUCAAGCUGGACCACGAGGGCGUGACCUCCCCCAAGACUAAGAGCUGCAAGGCACUGCUGUCGGCCGCCAAGGACUUUGGGCCCAAGCCGGGGCGGCCCCUGCCCACCCCCAGCUACGCUCACCCGGCCCUCGUGGGCAAGGACAAGAAGGGGCGGGCGCCCAUGCCCCCGCUGGCCAUGGGGCUGGCGCUGCGCAAGUUCGCGGGCCAGGCCGAGUACCCACUGCCCUGCGACAGUGACUGCCACAGCUCCUACUCGGACGAGGAUGGGCCCGGGCUGGCCUCCGGCGUGCCCUCGCGCUUCCUCACCCGCCUGUCCGUGUCCUCAUCCUCGUCCGGCUCCUCCACCUCCUCGUCCUCGGGCUCCGCAUCCACCUCCAGCCUCUGUUCCUCAGACAACGAGGAGUCGUCCUACAGCUCGGACGACGAGGACCCGGCACUGCUGCUGCAGUCCUGCCUCUCCCACCCCGUGCCCGCCCUGCUGGCACAGCCCGAGGCCCUGCGCACCAAGGGGGGCGGCCCCCACGUGCCCACACAGCGCUGCUUCCUCUCCAGGGCCACAGGGGCUGGCGGGGGCGCGGGUCCCAGCGGUGGCAAAGCCAAGCUCAAGCGCAAGGAGCCCCUGAGCUUCUCCAAAGCCAAAGAGCUUUCCCGGAGGCAGCGGCUGCCGUCUGUGGAAAACCGGCCAAAGAUCUCAGCCUUCCUGCCUGCCCGGCAGCUCUGGAAGUGGUCGGGGAGCCCCACGCAGCGGCGGGGCGUGAAGGGGAAAGCCAGGAAGCUGUUCUACAAGGCCAUCGUGCGGGGCGCGGAGACUCUGCGCGUCGGGGACUGCGCCGUCUUCCUGUCGGCCGGGCGGCCCAACCUGCCCUACAUCGGCCGCAUCGAGAGCAUGUGGGAGUCGUGGGGCAGCAACAUGGUGGUGCGUGUCAAGUGGUUCUACCACCCCGAGGAGACCAAGCUGGGGAAGCGGCAGAGCGAUGGGAAGAACGCGCUGUACCAGUCCUGCCACGAGGAUGAGAACGACGUGCAGACCAUCUCCCACAAGUGCCAGGUGGUGGGGCGCGAGCAGUACGAGCAGCUGGCCCGGGCCAGGAAGUGCCAGGACCGGCGGGAUCUCUACUACCUGGCGGGGACCUACGACCCCAGCACCGGGCGGCUGCUGACCACCGACGGCGCGCCUGUGCUCCGCUGACCGCCACGCUGCCCUCCGCGCGGGGUCCGGGCUCUCUGCUGUGCGUUUCCCUGGGGGAGAGGGGCCUCGGGCAGCGGAGCCAGCGCCGCCCCGACCGCCGCCAGGGGCCAGGCUGACCCCUGCGGGGACCCCGGCCGCCCUCGCCGUCCCCACGGUGGCCAUCCCGGGAGCUCAGAAUCCAAGCCAUAUUUCCCCAGGUACCUCCGGCUCUCUCCCACCAGGGAAGGCAGAAAUCAGGUGUAUUGUCUAUUUAUUUCUCUGUAAAUACCGGGUUUCUUCGGGGAAGUUUUAUGGGGGAAAAGAAGUGGAAAAAGCCCCCCCACGCGCGUAACAAGGGUGUGUGUGAGCGUGUGUGCGUGCGUGUGUGUGCGCAUGUGUGCAAGAGUUGCGUUCCGGGUUUUUCCUUUGGAAAUGCACUGUCUUCUUCAGCCGAGCUGAGCUGUGGACGGCGACUCGGGUGACCGCAGGGCUGGGGGGCCCCGGGUGAAGCCAGGCGGGCGUCGUGGGCCCUGCGGGAGGGGAGGACAGGCCUUGUGGUCACACUCAGGCUUGUUUCCUUUUAAUCCAUCUCCUGGAAAAAAAGCACUUGGGGGUGAGGCCCGGGGGGGUGGGGUGCGCUGAGGGUCCCGGGAAGGGAUGGGGAAGGAAGUGACAUAAAAGGACGCGUGGGGCCCCUGGCCUGGCGGCACCGUCUAUUACCUCUGUUGAAACAAAAUGAGAAUGAACAAAUAUUUUCCAAGUAUCGAUAAGGAAAAGUGAUCUUUUGGUUUUAUUUCCUGAAUAUUCCACGUGCUCUCUGGUUUCCGUUUGUCCGGCCAGUUUGCCCCGGGGAAGGUGAGGGGCGGCUCCUCCCCCCCUCUGCCCCUCCCCCCACCUGCACCCCCUCCUCCCCUUGUGGCCCCGACUUUUGUUUGCAGGAGAAGCAGGAGCGGGCGUCGCGGCCGCUGGGCUGGCCCAGGCGUCCCCCCGACCCCCUCCUCAGGCCACUGCGUGCAGGGCAGGGUGUGAAGACACCCCUUCCCCCACCCCACACGCCCUCCCGGGCACCCCAGAGCCUUGCCGAGAAAGCAGGGCCCCGACAGGGAACACUCCCCUCCUUGCUGUCCUCUCCCCCCCCCCCACCCUGGCCCCGAGGACAGGGAGCAUCCCCGAUAGCCAGUAGCCCCCAACCCGUUCCUGGGGCUUCCUGGUGUCCAGGCUGACCCAGAGCCUCAGCACCACCCAGGAACCCAGGGGAGCCGGCACCCUCCUCCCGUGGCCUCGGCCGCGGCCCCCAGCCCCGGCUGCCCUGCCUGGAAACGGCCCCGCGGGGGGCCGCAGGGAAGCUCCCCGAGCCACCCGCAGCCCCCGGUCCCCAGGAAGCCACGGGGCAGGUGGUGGGUGCCCCCCGCCCUCAGGCCCGGCAGCCCACCCCAUCCUCGCGUCCCCUCCGCUGCCCGCCGCUCGGGCCGCCUCCCUGCUGGUGGAGGAAGCUCGUCCAGUCUUCGGGGUCCCCAGCCCCCAGCUUCACCGCUCCGUCCCGCACGAGUGCAAUAUUUCAUUCCCGGCGUCGGCCGCUGCGGUUAGAGCCCGAAGCUGUGAACGCGCCGGCCCCGCGGCGGAAGGCAAGGCCCUUUCUCUGCCCGCGCGCUGACGCCCCCUUCCCCUCUCCUGGGGGUUUCCGUCCUUCCCUCGCAUUUCCCUCGUCCCUUCUUUCCACCUGCCUGUGGCGCUGCGACCCCCUCUGACCGCGGCGACGCGCGGUUCUUGUAAAUGUGUAAAGUAAGAUGACGGUCGGAAGUUUUUUUCAAUGUAAACACUAAAAACAAACAAACACAAAGGUUUUAUGAACAGCAGACUCUAUGUAAAGGCAUUUUAGUAUUAAAUUUUUUAUUGACAACUUGCUUAAGAAUAAAUAUAUGAACUAUU